UGAGGAUGCGCGGCUGCCCCCCCCGCCAUGGCUUGUGCGCGGGCUGGCCCCGGCCCUGGCCCCUUGGGCGCAGACCAGCAUGCGCGGCUGCUGCUGGCGCAGAUGGACAGGAUGCGCCGCACCCAGGACCUCUGCGACGUGCAGCUGCUGGUGGGCAACAAGGCCUUCGGGGUCCACCGCCUGGUGCUGGCGGCCGGCAGCCCCUACUUCGCCGCCCUCUUCACCGGGGGGAUGAAGGAGGCCUCCAAGGAGGUGGUGCAGAUCCGGGGCAUUGAGGCUGGCGCCUUCCAGCUGCUCCUGGAUUUUAUUUACACAGGAAUAGUGAACAUUAAUGAAAAUAAUGUUCAGGAGCUGAUAAUAGCAGCAGACAUGCUUCAGCUGACUGAGGUUGUGGAUCUUUGCUGUGAAUUUCUAAAGGGACAAAUUGAGCCCCUGAACUGUAUCGGACUCUUUCAGUUCUCUGAGCAUAUCGCCUGCCAUGACCUCAUGGAAUUCACUGAGAAUUACAUCCAUGCUCACUUCCUGGAAGUUCUGAGUGGUGAGGAAUUUCUGGCUUUAACAAAGGAGCAACUUACUAAGAUCUUACGAAGCGAGGAGCUUAGCAUAGAGGAUGAGUACCAGGUUUUUGCAGCUGCAAUGCAGUGGAUUUUGAAGGACCUGGGAAAAAGAAAGAAACAUGUGGUAGAAGUGCUGGAGCCGGUUCGAUUCCCUCUGUUACCACCACAAAGACUCUUAAAAUACAUUGAAGGAGUUCCAGAUUUCAGCCUCCGGGUGGCUCUGCAGACCCUGUUGAAAGAAUAUUGUGAAGCCUCUAAGUCUCCUAAAGAGAACAAGGUCAGCAGUUUUCUGCAAACUUCUAAAGCUCGUCCCCGGAGGAAAGCCAGGAAGUACCUUUAUGCAGUAGGUGGAUAUACACGAUUGCAGGGGGGGCGUUGGAGCGAUGGCAGAGCCCUCAGUUGUGUGGAGCGUUUUGACACAUUCAGUCAGUACUGGACCACUGUGUCCUCCCUGCACCACGCUCGGAGUGGGCUUGGAGUAGCAGUUGUAGGUGGAAUGGUCUAUGCUAUUGGAGGUGAAAAGGACUCAAUGAUUUUUGACUGUACUGAGUGCUAUGAUCCUGUAUCUAAGCAAUGGACAACAGUAGCCUCCAUGAACCAUCCUCGGUGUGGACUUGGAGUGUGUGCAUGUUAUGGUGCUAUAUAUGCUUUGGGAGGAUGGGUUGGAGCUGAGGUUGGCAACACAAUUGAACGAUUUGACCCAGAAGAAAAUAUCUGGGAGGUGGUGGGCAGCAUGCCUGUGCCACGCUACUAUUUCGGGUGUUGUGAAGUGCAAGGUCGAAUAUAUGUUGUUGGGGGCAUCAGCAAUGAAGUAGAACUGUGUUCUGUUGAAGUCUAUGAUCCGAGAUCCAAACGCUGGUCUGAGCUUCCUCCAAUGGGCACCCGAAGAGCAUACCUUGGUGUAGCUGCCCUCAAUGACAGCAUCUAUUCUGUUGGAGGGUGGAAUGAGACUCAAGAAGCACUUGCUACUGUGGAAAGAUAUUCCUUUGAAGAGGAGAAGUGGGUUGAAGUUGCAUCAAUGAAGGUGCCAAGAGCUGGAGUGUGCGUGGUAGCUGUAAACGGACUUCUGUAUGCCAUAGGAGGCCGAGCUUCCAGUCAUGAUUUUGCUGCCCCAGUAACCUCUGACACCGUGGAAGUUUAUAACCCUCAUCUGGAUGCUUGGACUGAAAUAGCCAACAUGAUCACCAGCCGCUGCGAAGGAGGCGUGGCAGUGCUCUGAAAUAAUAGGUGGUGUUUGGGGAACUUGCAGAGGAAGGAGGAACAUCUGGCUCUUCUGAGAAGAGGCUUCAUGUUUCUUUGCCCAGGGCCUCACCUACCACCGAGUACUUUUGUGGAAUGGAUGGAAGAGCAAAUCUCAAUUGGGUUGUAGGGCUGCUUCUUGGCAAAAAGGGAUUAAUUUCCCUCAAGAUUAAAACCAGUCAGUCCAUAGACUGUUUCAUGAAAUACAAUCUAGAGAGAAAUGACUAAAAUAAGCUAGCUAAGCGUGGAACUGUUUGGCAAAGCAGUCCCACCCCCAAGAUGAUCUUUCCUCCUGGGAUAACAUUGGUGGGGUAGUCCAAUGCUGUGGUGUCCCUGUGAUGUGGCAAAGCUAGAACCAUGCAUAGCUCUUGAAGCCUAGAUUCCUUUUAAGCAGCAAGGUUUUACCUGAAGCAAAGAGCAGCUUAGCCAUUCCCUUACUACUAAAGUGAUGGCAGAGAAAGUACCAGGAAGAGCUAAUGGGAAAGGUCUUUCACUGCUGAAUAUGCAAACUAAAAAUCAACUGGAGGUGAAUUUUACUGUGCUAGACUUUCUGGACAAAGGAUGUGGUGGUAGGUGACUGCCAAUUCUACUUCUUCAUUUGUCCUUCAGUAAAACCCAACAUCCUUUUGUUCCUGCUGUUAUGGAGAGGUAUCACUGAGGCCAUCUUUCCUCUCCUCUAUAUUGCAUCAUGUCCAUACCUUUUGCCUUCAUUUUCCCCUCUUUGCUUAAAGUAUCUACCUACACCCACACAUGGUAGCACAAAUACCCUUCUACAGGCUGCUGUUUUCUUUUCCCACUUCCAAAUGAUGCCUCUAAUUUUGCAACCAUGCCUUUUCCAGGCUGAAGCAGAAAGGGCCCAUGUAAUAGCAGUUGGCUCUGUUCAAUUUUAAAGUAAUAUUACUGGUCUUUUCAUUUCACCAUGAUCUUGAAGGUCCUAUAUUUAGCUUGAAAAAAGCUUUUUAUUAAUUAUAAUAAUACUUAUUUUUUAGCAAACGUAAGUUUGACACCAAAUCCAAACUUAAAUUUUCCUAUUUAAUAAAAAUCCCAGUACUUGAAAUGCCUGUUCAUGCAGUAGUGUUGUAGUAUAUGUGCAUACAUUGGAUAAGUGUCUUGGGACUCAAGUACUGUGUCCCAAAGGAGAGUAUCAGAACUUGCUGUGGACACUGUUUUACAUCACAAAACCACCAUAAAAAGUAUAGCACAACUGGAAGUUGGCAUUUUGUAGAUGGAGGGACAGUCACUGUCUCUAGCCCAUGGACAGCCUGUGCAAUAUAAAUUCAUAACAAUAAAACCCUACACUUGA